UGCCGCCAAAGCAAAGCCGUGUGUUGCAACGAAAUUGUUUACCGUUUCAUUCGAGAUUGUUCGUCUUCCGAUAGAUUGAUUAUUAAAGUUUGACGCGAAAUACAGAGCCCGAUAAACGGCUGGUAAAAAUCGUGGUCGUGAAGUUUACGUAUUUUUGGUGAAAUUGAUCGUUAAACAAAGUCGACGAUGGCCAAAGUUCAGCUAGUGAAUGUAGCAGUCCUCGACAAUCCUUCACCGUUUUUAAACCCGUUCCAGUUCGAAGUCACUUUCGAAUGUAUCGAAGAACUAAAAGAAGAUCUGGAAUGGAAGAUGAUAUACGUUGGCAGUGCAGAAUCUGAAGAGUUUGAUCAAGUGCUAGACACAAUUUACGUUGGUCCAAUUCCUGAGGGGAGGCACAUGUUUAUAUUCCAGGCUGAUCCUCCUGACGUCAGUAGAAUCCCAGUAAACGACGCUCUUGGAGUCACAGUUGUUCUGUUAACUUGUUCAUACAGAGGACAUGAAUUUGUGCGUGUUGGUUACUUUAUAAAUAACGAAUAUACAGAUGCAGAACUUAGAGAGAAUCCACCGGCACAGCCACAGUUUGACAAAGUGCAAAGAAACAUCUUAGGUGACAAGCCGAGGGUCACUAGAUUCAAAAUAAAUUGGGAUGAUGGAGCUAGCUCGGCGACAAAUAAUGUGCCUGAAGGGAUGGAUGCACAUUCAUUGGAAGAAACAUCUCAAGACGCGCCUACAUCUACAUUGGGUUUCACAGAAAGUACACAUAACAGUAUGGAAGUGAUGUGAAUGUUUGUCGAUUGCCAAUAAUACAUAAGUUAGCGCAGACCAUAAUACGAUGAAUGAUGUAGUAUGUACCUGGAACGAAGAUUGAAAAAGAUAUUUGGAUACUUUAAUGUAUAAACUCUACAAAAGAAUGGAUAGCCUUUUAUAUGAUACAUUGUUAAUUUCCCUUCUGUUUUAAAAAGAACUCGUUCAUUGAAACUUAUGUGACGUAUAAUGUGAUAAUUUGAAUAUUGAGCAACAUUAAAAAACUUAUUAUUAAA